UGCGUCGAAAACAACACUUCCGCUGUAAACAGGAAGUGGAGGUUUUCUGCAGGAAGUAUGAAGCGGGUCACUCGUCGGGUUUGUGAUGAAGGCCCGGUCCCUGAGGAGCAGGAGACGGAGGGACAGAGGCAGCUGCACAACCUGCUGCUCCAACAGCUGGAUACAGACGUCAACAUCGACCGUUGUGUAGCGAAGAAGAAAUGCUUUGCCCCGGCUGCGCUGUACAAGCCGUUCGGAGAACAGGCGGCAGGGGUGCGCAGUCUGGCCCAGUUCCAGGCACUGCAGGACGGAGAGAAGGAACUCGCCAGCCUGAGAGAGCUGGGCCUCACUGACGCUGAGAUCGAGCUGUGGAGGAACAGAGAUGUGCGAGACAGCGGCGGGAAGAAUCGUGGAGUGAGUGUAGCUCCUGAAGCGCGGGACGAGCGCCUGCAGGUCAUUUGGGACAAGAUGGCGGCGAGGGCGGAGUUAUUGUCCCGUCCCCAGCGCUUCUCAGGCAGCCGAGCUCUCACACGGAGAGAGAUGGAGAUCGAGAAGGCUCUGUUCCACGGCAGCGACCGCUCCAGCUUCCUUACUGCUCUCUACCAUCAAGAGGGAGAUUCACAGAAUGGACAGCAGGGGGAGACCUUUUCAAACCCAAUGGAUUCAUUAUACAGAGACUUCCUCAAAGAUGACCAGACAGACUCUGAGAGCGUCUCACACUCAUCCCCGACAGAUUCCGAUCAUAACCAAACACCACGUCCAGACCCGGACUCUAAUCAGUCACAUGCUGUCGACGACUGUAGCAGCCAAUCAUCGAUAAGCAAUGAAUCCUCACUGCGCAUCUGUACAACACAGUCUCAGAGUCAAGAAUCAUCAUCAUCAUCAUCAUCUGUUCCACAGAAAUUGACAGUUAACCAGCCCAUCGGACGUGUGACCUCUUGUUGCGGUCAGGGCCAGAGCGGCCCACUGACCAUCAGCGGUAAAGUAGAGGAGAUUUCAGAUGAGGAGAUCAGGAACAAUCGGGAGACGGAGGAUGGCAUAAGGGGAAUUUCACGCUUUCAGAACUAUCAGCGUGGAGAGCCAUCAAAUGUGCUGUGUGUGAAGAACAUGAGUCCUUGGGCUUCUCUGGCCCAGCUGGUGGCUCUUUUCUCCCGGUUUCAGAAGGACGACACAGAUCCAAUUGUGUAUCGCCUCCUGACAGGCAGGCUGAAGGGCCAAGCCUUCAUCACUUUCUCUGAUAUAGAGACUGCACAAGCAGCGUUGGACACUGUGAAUGGGUACCGGCUGCAGGACAAGCCUCUAGUCAUUGAGUUUGCCCGAGAGAGGAGACACGCAAAAACUGAGGACUCUUCAGAAAUUCACAGCACAACUACAGCGCAAAAGGAUCCGAAAAACUGCUUCUCAUAGGAAUAAAACAGGACAAGGUGUGCUGUUCCAUCCAUUUUCCAUACUGCUUAUCCUACACGGGGUCACGGGAGCCUGGAGCCUAUCCCAGGGGUCUCGGGGCACAAAGCAGGGGACAACCUGGACGGGGAGCUAACCCAUCGCAGGGCACAAUCAUACACACACACACACACACACGCACACACUACAGACAAUGUAGAGAGGCCAGUUAGCCUACAACAUAUGUUUUUGGACUGGGGAGUUUGUCCUUUUAAAGUCACAUUUCAUGUUGUGGAACUUCCACAAAACAACUUAAUUCCCUUUUAUCUCUUACACUGUAACAGCUAUAAACAGUCGUUCCCUCACCAGCCUCUCUUUUACUUCUGUCUCUUGAAGUUAAUUGAACAAAUUGGAUAAACGCAGGGUCAUGUUACUGAGCUUAACGUUACAGCUUUACCUCUGACUGUUACUUACACUGGAGACUCCUUCCAAAACUGCUCAAUAAACGUAUUCUCACAGAACAUCCAAAAUGUUCACCACAUCAACAGUGACACGUUCAUCUGGAGUAUUUGCUGUACAAGUCCCUGUGAAUGAGUUAAUAUAAAACUGUGAUUUGUCUAGUGAGAGAGCCGUGCUUGAAAAAGAAAAAGAAUCAACACCUUCUGAUCAAUCAGAAUCGAUAUUUCAGUAGCGCCGUGGUAUAAAUGUGUAAAUAAAACACUACAUGUAAUGUGUAAA